GCUAAUUUAAUUCCAGUGAAGGAGACAGUGGAAGGACUUGAUGAAACUCCCCAUUUUUUGAGGGUGUUUCCGCAAGAAAAAAGACGCUCAUUAUUGACAACCUCGCUCCCCAAACCCAAAUAUCAGACAUCAUCAAUUUCUUCAAAGGUGUUGGAAAAGUUGUCUGUGUUCGAAGAUUUUUAAACCCCGAGGGUGGAAAUCUCGGCUUUAGCUCUGUUGAGUUUGCUUCUGCCAGCGAAGCAGAGAAGGUGCAGGAAAAGAAGAAUGGUGAAUAUUUGCGUGAUGAGAGGAUUACUCUUGGCUUGGCUAAGAUAACUCCAUACCCUCAAAGACCCAGGUUUUGCAGAGAACACAAGAUUUGGUAUGAAGACUGCAUUCGAAAAGAAUGUUUUCAGUUAGUAGAAGAGGAGAUACCUCCCCAUUUUUUUGAGGCAAUUGCAGCAAGAAAAAAGACGAUCUUUGUUGCCAAUCUCUCUCCCCAAACUAAAUUGUCACUUAGCAUCAAUUUCUUUAAAGAUGUUGGAAGAGUUAUUCGUGGUCGACUGAUUGUAAACCAUAAGGGUAGGCAUGUGGGUUAUGGCUUUGUUGACUUUGCUGAUGCUAACAUUGCAAAGAAGGUGCUGGAAGAGAAGAAUGGUGAAUAUUUACACGACCAUAAGAUUUUUCUUGAUGGGGCUAAGGCAGCUCCAUACUCUCCACGUUCCAAGUACAACCUCGCAGAGAAGCUUUGGUACGAAGAUUACCUUCAAAGCCUUCUUAUAGAAGAAAAUGAGACACUGGAAGGACAUGAGUUUGUUGAGGCAGUUGCCUUAAGAAAUAAGACGCUCGUUAUUGGCAAUCUGACUCCCCAAACUCAGAUAUCUGACAUCAUCAAUUUCAUCAAAGAUGUUGCAGCAGUUGUUCAUGUUCGACUUAUUGUAAACAAAGGUGGUUAUCAUGUGGGCUAUGGUUUUGUCGAGUUUGCUUCUGCUGACGAAGCCAUGAUGGCGCAGGAAAAGAAGAAUGGUGAACUAUUGUGCGGGCAUCAUGUUAUUCUUGGCGUGGCUGAGAUAGCUCCACUCACUCCACUACCGACCAUGUUGUGCAUAGAUCACAAGGUUUGGUACGAAGACUACCUUCGGGGAGAAAACCUUUUGAUAGAAGAAGAUGAGGCAAUAGAAGAAGCUGAGGCAGUGGAAGGACUUGAUGAUUAUGUUGAGGAAGUUUCUGUGAGAAAAAAGACACUCUUUAUUUCAAAUCUUGCUGUCAAAUGUAAAAUACAACAAAUCUUAACUUUCUUCCAAGAUGUUGAACUUAGUGUUCGACUUAUUGUAGAUUACAAGAGUAAGCUUGUGGGCUGUGGCUUUGUUGAAUUUGCUUCUGCUAUCGAAGCAAAGAAGGUGCUGAAAAUGAAGAAUCGAGUGAGAGGAAUGACGGGUCGUCUCAUUAUUCUUGGCGUGGCUAAGAUGGCUCAGUACCCUGUCCGACCCAAGUACGACCUUGCAGAGAAGCUUUGGUGCGAAUGCUACUUGCCACGAGAAAGCCUUUGGAUAGAGGAAGAAUACAAGGAGUUUUGUGGGAAGAAGAUUACCUUCUCUUACGACGAUGAUUGAUAUAAGAAGAAGAAUCUCUUUGGUGGUUUUAAGUUAUGGUCUAGUUAAUUGUACUUGAAAAUAAGCUUAAUUUUGAAUG